UCGAAGUCUCACAGCGGUGUUACUGUACCACAAAUAAUCCCGCGAUGAGGCUAUUACAGUUUUUACGCAAUGGCAAAUCUUUUGUGGGAGUUGAGACGACACCUGGGGGUGAUAUCGUCGACUUGUCACAGGUUCAGCCAGCCUUAACAACCAACAUGAGAAAUUUUAUUGAAGGAGGACAAGCAAGCAUGCUGGCAGCCAAAAGAGCUUUAGAGGGUGGAGAGUACAGAGUGCCAAGGUCAGAGGUCAAGGUCAUUGCUCCUAUCUACAACCCUGACAAGGUGCUGUGUAUUGGUAUGAACUACAAGGACCACUGUGAGGAACAGAAUGCACCAGUGCCGGAGGAGCCUGUCAUCUUCAACAAAUUCCCCAGUUGUAUCAUUGGCCCUACAGAUGACAUACAUUUUCCCGAGGAAACACAGAAAUUAGAUUGGGAGGUAGAGCUAACCAUUGUAAUUGGCAAGGAGGCCAAGCGAGUUCCUGAGUCUGAAGGUAUGAACUACAUAUUUGGAUACACUGUUGCUCAUGAUGUCAGCGCUCGAGACUGGCAGAUUGAGGCUGGACGCAAUGGUGGUCAGUGGACCAUCGGGAAAGCAAUGGAUGAUUUUUGUCCCCUUGGACCAGUCAUUGUAACCAAGGAAGCACUCAGUGAUCCUCACAACCUUUCUCUGCGAUGUUUGGUCAAUGGUGUGGUUAAACAGGAUAGUAACACAAACCAACUUGUCCACAAGUCUGCUGCAGUUGUGUCUUUCAUAUCAAGAUUUAUGACCUUGAAACCUGGUGACCUUAUCCUGACUGGGACGCCCCCUGGUGUUGGAGUAUUUAGGAAGCCACCAGAAUUUCUUAAGAAAGGUGAUGUUGUGGAAUGUGAAAUAGAAGGGAUUGGAAGUGUGAUCAACAAGGUUGUUUAGCUAGUCGGUAACCAUAGUAACUACAUCAUCAACUCUUCUCUUACAUGAUACUACCACCAGGAAGCUCCUCAAAUUUAUUCUUUUUAGGUUGAUAAUAUUUCAGUUAAUAAAUUGAAAUACAGUGUUUUUUAAAGUUGCAUUGUCAUGCAGUCGAUACUAACUCUAGCUCUAGUUUGAGGUGGCAUUCAUUUGAUCUAUGAAUGUCAUAGUUAGAUUUUUGACAUCAUUAUUUUGUCAUAAAGUCAAAAAUAAAUACCAAAUGGUUGUUCAGAAAUAAAGAGAGCUUGUGAUAUUAACAUUUAUUCUUGAUUAUCAAAUGUUGAAUUUCAUUAAGAUAAAAUUGAAUUGUUAGAUCUUAAGGUAAAGUCAAAAACUGGUAAAUUAAGUGCAGAACCGUUUUCAGCUUGUAUUCAUUACCUAGUCAUAGAUCCGUCAGGAAACAUGCAAACUUCAAAUGAACUGCUAUAUCAGCUGAAUGGUAUAUGUCAUCACUUAAUUGUAUUUGUGUUGAUAGUUGCCAUCAGAUAGGAAUAUUUUAUAUGUUAUCUCAUUUACAUUAGAUAAACUCAAUACUGCUUAGAACUUCGAGACAGCAUUUUUUUUUUUGAUCAGUUAUAGAAGAUAGGAUGGAAGUUUCUACAAAUUUUAUCCAAAUUAAAAAAAAAAUUUAAGUAUCAUGAUAGGAGAAGAUUUGAAAACACACCAUGUAUCAUUAUGGAAACGAAUAAUGCUACUGGAGAAUAGAGUCAACGCCGUGAGUUUUAUUAAAAUUGUAUUGCGUUCCUGAUACCUUUCACUUGGAUACCUUCACCAGUAUGCAAGGCGAUUGAGGAAUAGGUGUUAUGCAAACUAGUUACACAUUAAUAUAAUCAGGAAAGUCCGGGCAAUUCAUAUGUAGUAUUAUUCAAGAUGCCAUAUUUUGUAAAAAAUUCAAUUAUUUAAAUCAUGUGUAUAAUUCUGUGUUGAUUAUAAAUUAUCUUAUUAGUCAUUCAAUUAUUGAUUAUUAUUUGAAUAAAUGUGUAUAGGUCAGUAAUGUAUGAUAUUGAAUCAUUACAUUUAUCUUUUGGAAAAUAAAAGGUGAUAUUGAUUUUAUUGUAAACAUUUAUAUUCUGUUGUACUUUAACUCCUUAAUUAAUGCAUUAAAGAUUUUGAAAUUAAAACUUUUAGUAGUACACUAGAUGGGCACAUUAUGCAGGUUUUUAUGGUAUUAAAGCAGAUAUAGUGCAUUUCUUUGUUACAGUUGAAAUAAAAUGUCAUGGUAGAUACAGACUAUGUGGGUAUACAAUUUUACUGCUGGUUUUACUUUUGAAUAAAGAGGAUACAUAUAAGUACAGAAGUUAUCAAAAUUCAGGGUCAAUGAAAUACCAGACGUGUGUUCUGUUUAAGCUUUAUUCCAAAAUAUCAGCUUUUCCAGACUUUUGCAAUAUGACAUGUUUUCUGUUAAGAGCUUUCAAGGAAGGUGUUUUAUGGCUAAGUUGUUGUUGAUGCUGAAACUAAGUAAACAAUGGUUUAAUUGUUUUUAAAUGUUGUUACAUGCAUUUAUUGUUAAAGUUUUUUACACCAACAUUGUUAUCCCAUAUCUGUAUAUUUCUGCAAUAAAAAGUUAAAACUA